AUAAAAAAAGGUGCAUUUUUUAUAUUGAAGUUGACGAGACUUCUACUUAAUUAGGAGCAUUCUUAUCCAUGUUGUCCUUGCCCGGCUUCUAUAAGACGGUUUUUAGAGGUGUCUUCUGCUAGUAUCCGAUUAUCUGGAUUGUCAUCUGUUCUACUGUCAGCUCGAUCAGUAGCUGGAUCAUAAUUAAGUUGGAGAGAUCAUCAAGAGAUCGAGAGGCGAUGUCGUUAUUUUGGGGGAAGAAUAAGUCCAGCUCCAGCGGCAGAAGCAGCAGCAGCAACAACUACUACGCACGCUCUGACAGCUCUUCGCACGCCGCCGGAGGAGGAGGAGACGACCAGUACGGGCGCUCGCCAUGGACGUUGCAAGCCGAGGAGUACCCGAGGUACACCAGCGACGACGACAAUAAACGCAGCGACGACGACCGCAGCAGCGACGACGACGACGGCGACAGAGACAGGAACAGGAGGAAAAACAAGAAGAAGAGCAGCUCCAAGUACAGGAACGACGACGACGAGGGAGGCCGGAGCCGGAUCUACGGCAACAGCAGCUACGACAACGGUAACGGCGGCGGCUACAGCAACGGCGGCUACAGCAACAGCGCCCCCAGCAGCUACUACGGCAACAGCACAGGAGGAGCAGGUUCGGGCUCCUACGGCGGCGGCGGCUACGGCAGCUCCUCCUACGGCAACGGCGGCGGCUACGGCGGCUCCUCCUACGGCAACGGUGGGGGCUACGGCGGCUCUUCCUACGGCAACGGCGGGGGCUACGGCGGCAACGGCGGCCCCAUCGUAGCCGGAGGCGGCGGCGGGGCCCCUCCGUAUGGAUCUUCCGGUGGCAACUGGGGUGCGCCGCAGCGGCAGCAGGAGGGCUCAGGGUCGGCGCCAACGUACAUCAACAUCUACAUGCCACCCCCCGGGUCGUCGUCGCAGAACGAGGGCUACGGCGGCGAGAGGAGGAGAGAUGGCGGCGCCGGCAACGGCGGCGGCGGCGGAGGCAACGGGCUCUUCGCCCCUACGUUCCAAGCCGUCGGCGGCUACAUGGACCGUCGGUUCGGAUUCUGAGCUUGAUCGAUGCUUCGUCUUCUAACUGAUCGUCUUCGUGUGCAUCUCGAUCGACUCCAUCGAUCGGUCUAUGCUACGGAUCGGCUGCAUGCACGCACGCAUCGUCAUCCAUGUGUCUGCACGUACGUUCACAAAUCUACAAGCGUUCGUCAGUUCAGUUUAAUCAAAAGAAAUAAUUAAUCACGGGAAGGUCCCGGAUUAAUCUGGUAAUGGAUUAUAAGUUCAUUAUUCUGUAGUUUUGCUAUAUAUAUAUUUCAUUGCUGACCGGGCGGCCGGCCAAGAAGUACGUAGUAGUACUUGUACUAGAUUGAGAUUAUGUUUUCGUGUUGUAAUCUAUGUGCUGUGAACAUAUAUAUAAUAUAUGGUGGUUAUGUGCAA